GGGCUCAGGCCAGCAAGCCCGAGGAAGCCUACACUGCAGGCUUUGGCUUCCUGACUUCCUCCGGGAGCAGCCGGGGGCGCAGGCGUUAGGACACUUUGCAGAGGGCGUGCAGGAGGAGAAGCAGCCACAGGACUGGUUUUAUACAGAUCUUUCUGAGACCACUGGACAAACAAGGCAAUGAUUGUACAGAGAGUGGUAUUGAAUUCCCGUCCUGGGAAAAAUGGCAAUCCAGUGGCAGAAAAUUUUAGAAUGGAAGAAGUAAACUUGCCUGAUAAUGUCAACGAAGGACAAAUAAAAGCUAGAACUCUUUAUCUUUCUGUGGAUCCUUACAUGCGUUGCAGAAUGAAUGAGGACACUGGUGCUGAUUAUCUAACACCCUGGCAGCUGUCUCAAGUCACUGAUGGCGGAGGUAUUGGGAUUGUAGAAGAAAGCAAACACACACAGUUUACUAAAGGAGAUUUUGUGACAUGUUUUAUGUGGCCCUGGCAAACCAGGGUUAUUCUGGAUGGAAAUGGUCUUGAAAAGGUAGAUCCAAGACUCGUGGACGGGCACCUGUCAUACUUCCUUGGAGCUAUAGGUAUGCCUGGUCUGACUGCCUUGCUUGGCGUACAGGAAAAAGGUCAUAUCACUGCUGGAUCGAACCAGACCAUGGUUGUCAGUGGGGCGGCUGGUGCCUGUGGAUCCUUGGCUGGGCAGAUUGGCCAUUUGUUGGGCUGUUCCAGAGUGGUGGGAAUUUGUGGAACACCUGAGAAGUGCCUCUUCUUGACCUCAGAGUUGGGCUUUGAUGCUGCGAUUAAUUAUAAAAAAGGGAAUGUGGCAGAGCAGCUCCGUGAAUUGUGCCCUGCUGGAGUGGACGUGUACUUCGACAAUGUUGGUGGUGACAUCAGUGAUACAGUGAUAAGUCAGAUGAAUCCUAAUAGCCACAUCAUCCUGUGUGGUCAGAUUUCUCAGUACAACAAAGAUGUCCCAUAUCCUCCUCCACUACCUGCUGCUGUAGAGGCAAUCAGGAAGGAAAGAAACAUCUCAAGAGAAAGAUUUAUGGUGCUUAAUUAUAAGGACAAAUUUGAGUCUGGUAUUCUACAGCUGAGUCAGUGGUUUAAAGAAGGAAAACUAAAGAUCAAAGAAACUAUGACAAAUGGAUUAGAAAACAUGGGAGCUGCAUUCCAGUCUAUGAUGACAGGAGGUAACACUGGAAAGCAGAUAGUCUGCAUUUCGGAAGAUACCUCUCUAUAAUCUCUCUUAAUGUUUCCAUCAAGGAAAUACAUUUAUUGCUGCCAAUCCUGCACAUUUUCAAGAUGUUAAAAAAAAAAAACAACCCUUAGGUUAAGGAUAGUUUUUUUGCUUAUAUUAUUUUUUGGGCCACACCUAGCAAUGCUUAGGGCUUACUUCUAGCUCUGUACUAAGGGAUCACUCCUGGCAGAUUCGGGGGACCAUAUGCAAUGCCAAAGUCUGAACCCAGGUCCACAGUGUACAAGGCAAAUGCCGUACACACUGUACUGUUGUACUGUUACUCUGGUCCCCAGGUUUUUUUUUUCAAUUUAAAUGUAAUCAUAGGUGAUUUUUGAGAUUUGUUUAUGUUUAUAGGGGUCACAUCAGGCAGAUCUCAGUGGUCCACAUCAGGUCUUGGGACCAGGCUGUUCCCAUCAAACCAGACCUUUUGCAUACAAAACAUGUGCUCAGCCCAAUCUGGCCUAGGUGUUAUUCUCUUAGUUGCACAGCAUAAUUCUUUUCCCAUCAAUGUCUGUUUUACAUGGAACAUAAGAUUGCUUAGAAUAAUACUAAGUCAACCGGAUUUUUUUCUUUUGCUAAAACUAAAAUUACUUAUAUUUUUACUAGAUAGUCUAAACCAUUAGAUAUUAGACAGAACUGUUAAUGGAUUAUACAGAAGAUGCUUAAAAUAAUAUUUUAAAAUAUAAUGCUGAUGUGAGGGAGGAGAUGGUACGAGUCUUGCAAGCAUCUGCAGAGGCCACAGCCACAGUUCAGUCUCAGCACCAUAUACGGUCCCCUGAGCACUGCCAGGGGUCACUUCUGAGCGCAGAACCAGGAAUCACUCCUGAGCAUCCUGGUGUGGCCCAAAACCAACCAACCAGACCAAAAAAAAAUAUAUAUAUAUAUAGUGCUUGAGGCUGGAGAGAUAGUACAGAGGUUAAGACAUAUGCCAUGCAUGUGGCAGACCUUGGUUUGAUCCCUAGCACAACAUGAUUCCCUGAAAAUCUCUGGGUACAGCUGCUACAAAGGCCCCCAAGUACUGUAGGCCUGGGUAAUCUCAGGCACUACAAGAUCUGAAAAGCACUGUAUCUUUAGGGCCUUGCAUGAACUACUAGCCCAGCUAGCCAAGACACUAACUUAAAGGCAGGAUGUGUAUUCUAUAAUGUUGGAGUAUUCAGAGUGUAUGGCCAUAUGUUUGUGAUAGGCAGAAGCUUUGUGUUGGUAGUAGUCCAAAAAUAAUUGAGGUUGGUUAGGUUGAUGGGAAAACUAGGAUUUACUACAGUUACUGUGUAACCUGAAAUCUCAAAUAUGUAUCAUUAAAAGCAUGUUUAUAUUAGAUUAGCAGACACACAGGAGCAAAAAGCUAUAAGGCAAAUAGAUAAAACACUACUUGAAGUUUUAGGUGCUUAAUUUUUUUUUUGAGUGGAGCAAGAUAGUUUUUAUUGAACAAAACUUAAAAUGAAAUGGGAAGAGAGGAAAUUUGUGUUCAAGAGAGAACACGUGUUUCUCCAGAGUGGAGAAAUAAAGCAAAGAAAGAGACAAGCUAGAGAGAGAUAUGUUCAAAGGAGAACAUGGACUUGAAGGAGCAACCUGCUGUUUAAAAAAAUUUUUAAGAGAGGCCAGCAAGACACUCAGGAGCUAGCUUAUGCUGGGUAUGUACAGAAUACUGAGUUUGACCAGGGGUGGUACUGAUAGCUGCCCAGCAAGCACCAUCCCUAGUGUCCAGAACUGCAGAAAUUUCAGCAGCCACAAGUGAGCACUAGUGGGAGUGGCCUUUCCACCCAGUUAUUGUCAGGGGAGAAAAAGAUUUAAACAGCACAGGCUGCUUCAGAAAAGGUCAGGAUGGGAAAAUUCACAAAUGGCUGUAAACAUGUCACUGUCACUGUCCUCCCAUUGUUCAUCGAUUUGCUCGAGCGGGCACCAGUAAGUCUCACAACAAAUUGUGAGACUUGUUGUUACUGUUUUUGGCAUAUUGAAUACGUCACGGUAACUUGCCAGCUGUAAACAUGAAUAUUAAAAAAAAAUAAAAGUUUGUUUUAUUAAUUGUAAUCCUUUAAAACAGUAAACAUUGAGAAUAUU